UGUGAGGAUAGAGGAGCAUCGCGUUGCGCAAACGACCCGCGCCGUCGGGCGACCAGCAGGCCGCCAGUCUAUCUAAGUCUAUCGUUCACGCCGAGCUAUCAUCUUCUUGCGCUAAGCGCUACGUUCAGAGGUAGGUAUACUGUACUUGUUGCUUACGGACGGGCCGCGCGGCGCAGUUCGUCACGGGGCAUAGAUAGAAGUGGGAUACUGGGAUAGAGAAGGAGGGUGCGAAGAAGUAGCGGCCGGUCGUGCGAGAAGAGAAGAGACGAGACGAGACGAGAAGAGAAGAGAAGAGAAGAGAAGAGAAGAGAAGAGAAGAGAAGAGAAGAGAAGAGAAGGAAGUAGGAAAGAAAGGGAAGACUACACGCACGGCUCUCCACGCGACACCUCCGUGUCGCACGCGCCGAUCAGCGCAGAUCAUCGCAAGCCGGGAGGCUCAUCAUGUCGCAUCAUAUCGUUACCGUAUGCGUGGUGUGUGUACUGUGCACUGCACAUGUACCCUGUUCGGCGCAUACGAAUUUGUCGGUGAUGGCAUCGAAUAAUUCAACAAAUACCAAAAAUCAUUCGGAUCCACAAGGACAACCAUAUAUAUACUUGAAGAAUCAACAGAGAUAUGAUCCAAGUAACUUCACUAGCAAUAAACACGACUCUGUAAGAUCUCAUCCUAUUCAACACAUUGACAGUAAUAGCAAUAAUAAUGUUUCGGUAACCACUGACGCGAUAUCAACUGCAUCAUAUGAUACUCAUCUUAAGAAGCAGAUGACGGAAAGCUUCAAAGGCGGCGGCAAUCUGCAAGAUAUACGAUCCUCAAUUAACAACGCAAGUGUAUCUAUAAAUUCAAGAGAUACAGAACUUUUGGAGCGUCUUGCUCAAACAGAGUUGGUGACAAAUGUCAAACAAAAGUCUGCACGAUAUAGCGAAGAUUUAUAUACCGUUAAUAAAUCUAGAUUAAAAAGAGAUGUGAAUGAGAGGUACUUCAUGCAGAAGAUCUUUGAGGCUUAUGGAGAUGGAACGAGUAUAACUAUGGAAGGUUUUGAAAAACUUGUCCGGAAAUUGGGUCUACUAAGAUUAUUUGAUACGUUAGAGGUGGAUAGUGAUACCACUGAUAGAAAUAAUAAUAAGAAUUUUCUAAGUAAAGGCCUACACGAUGCAGAUAGUAACAAUAACAAGGAAAGAUGCUUAAAUAGUCAAGAGUUGCUAAGUACUGUUGCCCAAGAUUCACACUACGUUUUCAAUAAUAACGCGACGAUAUUGCCUAGCUGGCUUUUCGAACGGGUGUGUCCGGUUCUUGUGUAUCAAUUAGCGGCCGAAUCCAGUUCGGAGAGAAACGGCUGUAUACGAGUACCCGAGAACUACAAGCCUGUCAUGCCAAUCGAUAAAUUUUAUACAGCGGAGGAUUCGGCGCGUAAUACUGUAAAAGUCUGGGUAUAUUCAACAGUUAGUAUUUUCGUAAUUAGUCUUAGCGGAUUGCUCGGUGUAGUAGUAAUUCCGAUCAUGGGAAAGAAUUAUUACCAUCACGUGCUACAAUUUCUAGUUGCCCUGGCCGUAGGUACUUUAACCGGUGAUGCCUUUAUCCAUCUAUUACCACACGCGAUGAUGCCACUUCAUCACCAUGAAAACGAUAAAUAUCAUGAACACGAACAUCAUCACGACGAGAGUAACGCGUUAUUAAUCGAUCAUGUGAAUCUACAUAGUAUGAAUAUGUGGAAAGGAUUAAUCGCUAUGAUGGGUUUCGUGACAUUCUUUUUCACUGAGAAGGCGUUAAAUAUGAUAUCCGAAUGGCGAAAGCAUUGGCAGCAUAAGAAAAAGUUACCUACGCGCGUGAGAGUAAUGAGGGAGAGCGAUGGGCCAAACAGCAAUGUUGUCGGUGAAAAGCUAUGUAAACACAAAUACUCUUCGUACCCAUAUUGUUACGGCGAGAUUGCUAGUGAAACUCAAGAUAAUCAUCACAAUCGUCGAAUGAAUCAUCAUGAGAGACCACCUAUCAUCGAGGAGGAAAAACCAUUGACAUCCAAUUGUAAUUCUGUAACGAAAAUCGUGACUGAUGACAUAGAGAAAAAACCAAAGGAUGAUUGGAGAAUGGAUGAUCCGAUUGUAAAUGCUAAGAAAAAUGCCGAUGGUGCUGACGUAUCAUUAAAUGAAUCGGAGAGCUAUACCGUCAUUCUACGUGAACACGAGACCAAACAUCACGGCCAUAGUCAUUCCCAUGGCCACGUACACUCGGCUCCCGAAUCAAUGUCCAACGUGGCUUGGAUGGUUGUAAUGGGGGAUGGUCUGCACAAUUUUACGGAUGGCAUGGCUAUCGGGGCAGCUUUUUCAGCAAACAUCGCAGGUGGAUUCUCCACGGCUAUUGCUGUUCUCUGUCAUGAAUUACCUCAUGAACUCGGUGACUUUGCAGUACUUCUGAAAGCGGGCAUGAGUACCAAACAGGCUGUUUUUUACAAUUUAUUGUCUUCAGUGCUUUGUCUGUUAGGUAUGAUAGGCGGAAUAUUGUUAGGAAGUACUCCCGACGCUACCAGUUGGAUAUUUGCGGUUGCCGCUGGAAUAUUUAUAUAUAUAGCAUUAGUAGAUAUGGUACCAGAAUUGUCGUCGAGUCAUUCCGCGGAAAGUGGUUCGCGAUUACAAUGCAUUUGGCAAACUUUAGGCUUAUCGACAGGCCUUGGAAUUAUGUUACUUAUCGCCGCCUACGAGCACGAUCUUAAACAUAUUUUUGACAACUAG